GAGGAGACCCGGGCGGAAGGAGGAGGAGGAGGAGGUGGCGGAGGGACGAAGAAGCCCGAGGGGUCGAAGGAGAGCCGAGGUACCGAGGGGGCCCAGAGCAGGGGGGCGGUGAAACGUGGUGGCCUCCACCAGAUCCCCAUUCAGCUCAACCACAAAGAGGAGCAGAAGGGCAGGGAGAAGGAGCCGCACGAAGGCGUCCCAAACAGCGACGAGGGCUACUGGGAUUCCACCACCCCUGGUCCCGAGGAAGACGGUUCCGCAAGCAUCCGGAAGGAGACCAUUCCCAGGGACAGCUACAGCGGGGAUGCUCUCUACGACCUCUACGCCGAGCCCGAUGAGAACCCACCAGCGGGGCCUGGGGAUUUUUUUUCGCGCGCCAAGCCCGUGUCUCCAGUAACGACCGCGUGCUCGCUGAAAACACCCUCAAGCACAGUGAAGGACUCCAAGAUACCCAUCAGCAUUAAACACCUUUCGUCGCAUCCCGCCAGCCACGGGGCGGACACCGGUAACAGCCAUCACGUCGCACACCAUCACCUGGCCAAAAGUGAGAUGCACAGAACGAAAAUCCCUGUCUCUAAAGUACUGGUACGCCGGGUCAGUAACAGGGGCUUAGCAGGGACGACGGUGAAAGCCGCCGUGUACCAGGACAGUGCCAAAAAGUAG